ACUAACACUCCUCACCAUGAAGAUCGUUUUGCUGUCCGCUUUCUUGGCCGUUGCAGUUGCUCAAAUUGCGUAUGAUCCAGAGCCGGCCUACAAGGCAUACGAAUACCCGUCACAGCCAUACAGCUUUGCGUGGGAAGUGAACGAUGCUCCUUCCUACAACAAUUAUGGUCACUCUGAAAACAGUGAUGGCAAUGUGGUCACAGGAUCUUAUCGUGUCGCUCUGCCUGAUGGUCGCACUCAGAUUGUCAAUUACAGAGCUGACAAGAAUGGUUAUGUAGCCGACGUGAAGUACGAAGGCGAAGCCAAAUAUCCUGAAUACAAACCGGCAGUGUCUUAUACGUCUCCGGCCUAUAAGGCUCCUGCCCCAGCCUAUCAAGCUCCCGCCUACCAAGCUCCAGCUCCUCCGGCCUACAAAGCUCCGGCUGCUCCGGAAUACAAAGCUCCGGCUGCUCCGGAAUACAAAGCUCCAGCUCCUCCAGCAUACAAAGCUCCAGCUCCUCCAGCAUACAAAGCUCCAGCUCCUCCAACAUACAAAGCUCCAGCUCCACCGACAUACAAGGCUCCGGCUGCUCCAGCAUACAAGGCUCCGGCUGCUCCAGCGUACGAGGCUCCGGCUGCCCCAGCGUACAAGGCUCCGGCUGCUCCAGCAUACAAGGCUCCAGCCCCACCGGCGUACAAGGCUCCGGCUGCUCCAGCCUAUGAAGCUCCAGCUGCCCCAGUCUAUGAAGCUCCGGCCGCCCCAGCAUACAAGGCCCCAAGCCCACCGGCCUACAAGGCUCCGGCUGCUCCAGCCUAUGAAGCCCCAGCCUAUGAAGCUCCAGCAACCCCAGUCUAUGGAGCUCCACCCGCUCCAGAAUACAAAGCUCCGGCCCCACCAGCAUACAAGGCUCCAGCCCCACCGGCGUACAAGGCCCCGGCUGCACCCGCCUAUGAAGCCCCAGCUGCUCCAGCCUAUGAAGCUCCAGCUGCUCCAGAAUACAAAGCUCCGGCCGUUCCAGAAUACAAAGCUCCGGCCCCACCAGCAUACAAAGCUCCUGCCCUACCAGCGUACAAACCUCCGACGUACGAAGCUCCGGCUGCUCCAGCAUACAAAGCUCCGGCUGCUCCAGCAUACAAAGCUCCAGCCGCUCCGGCAUACAAAGCUCCUCCAACGGUGGCUUACAAGACUCCGGAAGCUCCUGUUUACAAGGUUCCAGCUGCUCCGACCUAUGAAGCUCCUGCUCCACCGGCUUACAAAAUCCCUGCUGCUCUUUUUUACAAAACCCCUACACCAGUCUACAGUCGUAACUGAACAGCUAAUCAAAAUAAGUUAGUUGCUCAAUUGUUUAUGUACAUUUAAAGGGAGAAA